AUGGGUGCCAAUCUCGCAAUAGUCCAGCCCUUCGACACGUCCAAGGCGGUGCUGUCGCCCACGGACCGGUACGCCCAGAUCAUCCUCGGCGCCCUCUGGGCUGGCAGCCUCUACGGCAUCGGCAUGAUCUUCUGCUCUACGAGGCUCAUGAGCCGCUGGGCUGGUUCGCACGGCGAAAAAGAAGUCGGCUUCGUCGGCUUCAUAGCCGCCUUCAUAUUAUCCGUCGCCUGGCCCGCCAUCCUCGUCUAUUUCGCCGUUGAAAAUCGGUAG